CUCUGUUGCAUAGUAUGUCAGUUAUUGCAGUUAUUUCCAAUUCUAAGUCCACCACCAUUGUUGGCAAAUGUUGGUUUUAUAAUGGUGACUGAAAUUACUGUAUGAGGUAAUCGUUUUCAUAGAAUCUAAAUUCAUCCAUCUUGGGGAGACUUGAUUUCAGUUGUGAUCCAUUCUAUUAUUGCAUACUACUUUUGCAAUGCAGCUAUACCUGCAGGUGCUUCCUACCUAAUAAUCAGUUGAAUGUUAGAAUCUUCUUCCAAGGACAGUAGUUUGUUAAACCAGACAGCAGAUACACAGAUAGCUUUAGUCCAACUGGAAGAAGGAAUGAAGGGACUAAUUGAAAAUAAAACAAACUAGUACUUUACUAGUACAAACUUUACUAGUAAAUGAUCAUAGCCAUUCUAUUUCAUGACAAGCUGCCAUAGAUCCCUGUGUGCUCAGAUAUCAUGGAGAUGAGUGAAGACUAAAAACUUCAUGCAGAUCCCAGGAGACAAUGGAGAACACUUACAAAGUGGUGAAUGGUGUCAUUUUAAACUUUUCAGGGCUAAAAUUCAGAAUAACAUGAACUGGCAGCUAGUGAUUCCUGGGUUGAUCAUCUUGACCAUUAAACUCGUAGGAAUGUCCCUGUUCAUUGUAUAUUUUUCACAGAUCUUCUCCACUGAUGACUCAACAGAGAACUCUUGGUCUUCAACUAGCGGUGGAAGAACAGACUGCCCGAUACGGUGGACUUUUCAAAGAGGAAAAUGCUACUUCUUUUCUGUUCAGGAAAAGACUUGGAAUGCCAGUCAAAGAGCAUGUUCUGAAGCAAACUCUAAUUUAGUGAUCAUCAACAGCAAAGAGGAACUGGAGUUUCUCCAUAAUAACACAAAAGCUGAAGAUUACUUCAUUGGAUUGUCAGUCAGAGGCACUGAAGGUGGAUGGAAAUGGAUUGACAACACAGAGGUUAACACAGACAUAUUUAUGAGAGGUUUGAAUAGUGACACCUCUGAUUGUGCUGUAAUCGGAUUAACUGUCGUGGGUACUAUAUCUUGUUCUGUACCAAACCGCUGGAUCUGUGAAAAGAAAGCAUAACAGCUCCCUUGGACAGAGGAAGACUCUGGGGCUGGCACACACAGGCUAACUGAAACUUGGGUGGCACUCUUUAGUGAUCAGAGCAAGUCACUCGGAGUCAGGAGACAGGUUUUCUUCUAUACUGUAUUGGCUGAAAGGCCUUGGGAUAGUUACUUUGUCUUUUUGUGCCUCAGUUUUCCCAUCUGUAGAAAAAGAAUAAUAGUAUCCACUUUUGUAAAGUAUAUUCUUGAGCUCCUCAGAUGACAUGCACUAUGGUGGUGCCAUGUACUGAUGUUAAUGCCCAUAUAAUGCUGUAUUCACACAAACUUCAGUAAAUCACUUCCAUAUAAACUUGCAUAGAGGCUAAUUCUCUCUCUUACACACACAUGCAGCCAGGGACAAACUUACCACUGACAUAAGCAGGUGCAAUUCUAUUGACUUCAUAAUAAAAUGCAGAGAAUCCUUGAAUUAAAAUAAGCAUGACAGAUAAAAAGUGGAGGCUGAAGAAGACAAAAGUGGUAUUGGAAAUGACAAUGGUUAAAAACACUGUUAUGUAGCAAGGUGUGGGGGCAGAGCAAGACCUGUGCACUUGGAAGACCUUGUUCAAACCAAGGACAUUAGAAUCCUUGGAACUGUUGAGAACAACACAAUUUUUCUGGAGGCCCCUGUUAAAAGCAAUAUAGCAGCUCAGCUAUAUUUAGCACUUUGGUAGAACUUUAUAGACCUGAUUCUCUGCUCACUUUCACAGGAAUAACUUCAUUAAUGUCUAUGGAGUUACACCAGUUCAAAAUCAACCUGGCACCAGGAGUAAAAUCUUGACCCCACUGGAAUCAAUAGCAAAACUCUCACUGAUUUCAACAGGGUGAGGAUUUCACCCCUAAUCGUGUGAGAAAUGCACAAACAUUAGCUAAUUAAAGAGAACACAGUUUCCUGUAGGUUGAACACUGUUGUUACUGACCACCACAAUGAAACACAUGAAAUGUACACUACAAAGGGAAGUACAAUGCUUGACACACUUCCUGUGAUGUGUAAAACGGAAGCAGCGGCUGUGGUGAGGAGCUAAGGCACGGAUUGUUAACGUUUCUGGACUUAAGCCUGGUGAUGCAACAGGGAAGUCAAUGGAUAUUGUAAAAAAGAUAUGCAGUGUUGUUAUAGCCGUGUCAGUCUCAGGCUAUUAGAGAGACAAUGUGGGUGAGGUAAUAUCUUCUUUUAUUGGACCAACUUCUGUUGGUGAGCGAGACAAGCUUUUGUGCUUAAAUAGAGCUCUUCCGCAGAUAACCUGAAGAAGAGCUCUGUUUAAGCUUGAAAUCUUAUAUAUCUCACCAACAGAAGUUGGUCCAGUAAAAGACAUUACCUCAUUGUAAAGACGAGUUUCUUUGACAGAGCAUUUCCAUCUCGGUCUAUUGCAGGCAAAACUGAAAAAAUUAUCCUGAAAUAAACCACCUUGUUUUGGGGGUAAAUUCAGCAAUGCAACUGCUGGAGAUUAUCACUGAGGAGACUGUGAGGUGAAGGCUCCCAAUCCAUACUUUUGGAGAAAUAAACCAUACUUAUAUUCAAGACUACCUUAAAAAGCUACCCUCUCUUUUAAGGGAUGACAUCAAAGUAUUCCUCAGUUGUACUAAGUACAGCUCAGCUCCACUUCUAUUAAAAGACCCCCUCAAUUAAGCAACCAAAUGUCAGUCCCUUCGGUGGUUACUUAAAACAGGUUUCACUAUAUAUUUCAUAUACCCAGAUUCUUGGUCCAAUUUGUGCUGAAGACAGAGCUCUUACUGGGUUCAUCACCACUAUAUUGACCCAUUAUCCUGAAGGAUUGCUAAUUGAAAUUUGCUAUUUGCCUUUUAUUGUAAUGUAAGUAUAAGGUUACCGAUAAGAGUGCUGUUGUCUUGUUAUGCUUUUAGAUUAUUUGAUUUAUACUGUAUCUUCAAUUGUAUCUAAUCUAAUCCAUUCUAUUUAUAUCACAUGCAUAGCCACAGUAUGUAACCAUCUAUUGUCAUCUACAAAUAGUAGAUGGAUUUUCUGCAGUAUUCUGAAAUUUCCAGUCUCCUCUGUUUCCCCUUUUUUAUUGUGAUCCCACAUGUGUUAGUGAGGCUGAAGCUUUAUAUAUUACCGCAAAUACUAAAUAACAUGUCACUAUGAAUUUCUGUAUAUGCAUACAUAUAUGAAGCUUAAUAUUGAAGAAACCACAAUCAAUGACUGUGUAUGAAAAAGAUGACUUUUGUGAA